GCUCUCCCCUCCCUCCCUCCGCAGUAACCCUAACCAGCUCCCUCCCUCCCAGGAAGUCCUGAACCAGAGGCGUCUUCUGCCUCUUUCCGAAAGCUCCCCCCCCCCCGGCCACGUGCGCCGGAGCCCCCUCCUCCCACUCGCCCGGCUUGAGACGGAGGCAAGGCGGCCCGGCUGCCCCCCGUGGGAUUGGCCCCGCCUGAGGCCGGCGGGCGGGCUGGAGGCAGGACUGUCCCCGCGCCCAGCCUUCCUCCGCUGCCGCUGCCGCUGCCGCGAGUGCAGCAGAGCCAGGCAGCAGGAGGAAGGCUGGAGGCAGGCAGUGGCUUCUGCGGCGACCGGAGAGAGGACUCUAAUGUCCUGUGUCCAGAAGGCUAACAUGCUGCCAGAGAAAGACCCUAAAAGGCAAGGGGAGAAGGACCCCCAAGAAGAUCCAUCAGUCACCCUCUUCCGGGAAUAUCUGAGAAUCAAGACUGUCCAGCCAGAGCCUGAUUAUGACACAGCGGUGAAAUUCUUGGAGAGAAUAGGCUCUGAACUUGGCCUACAGUGUCAGAAAGUGGAGGUCUGCCCUGGCCGUGUGAUCACCAUCCUGACCUGGAAAGGCACAAACCCACAUCUCCGCUCCAUACUGCUGAAUUCCCAUACAGACGUCGUGCCGGUGUUUGAGGAAUAUUGGCGCUAUGAUCCGUUUUCAGCCUUCAAGGAUUCUGAGGGAAACAUCUAUGCACGUGGAGCCCAAGAUAUGAAAUGUGUUUCUAUCCAGUACAUAGAGGCCAUCCGGAAACUGAAAGCCGAAGGGAGACAGUUCCCACGUACUGUUCAUAUGAGUUUUGUCCCAGAUGAAGAGAUUGGGGGCCACAAGGGGAUGGAGAUGUUUGUGAAGCGUCCUGAGUUUGCAACGCUUAAUGUUGGCUUUGCCUUGGAUGAAGGCCUGGCAAACCCGACAGACACUUUCACUGUAUUCUAUGGCGAAAAAUGUCCGUGGUGGAUUAAAGUGAAGGUAGAAGGGAACCCAGGACAUGGAUCCAGAUUCAUUGAGAACACAGCUGCUGAAAAGAUGCACAGAGUGAUUACUUCCUUCCUGGAGUUUAGAGAGCGUGAGAAACAAAGGUUGAAAUCAGAGAAGCACCUUACCUUGGGUGACGUCACUUCCCUCAACCUGACCAUGCUCAAUGGGGGCAUCUCCUUCAAUGUGGUCCCUUCUGAGAUGUCUGCUGCCUUUGACAUCCGCAUCCCUCCCACAGUAGAUUUAAAGGCAUUUGAGGAGCAGCUGACAGCCUGGUGCCGGGCGGCUGGGGAAGGUGUUAGCUAUGAGUUCCACCAGGAACAUGAAGCUGCAAUGCGAGAUCUUCCCUGCUGCCACAGACAGCCGCUAUAUCAGAGCGGCAGGACACCCGGCUAUCGGCUUCUCCCCAAUGAACCGCACCCCUGUGCUGUUGCAUGACCACAACGAGUUCCUGAAUGAGCAGGUCUUCCUUCGCGGGAUUGAGAUCUACGCCCAUCUCAUCUCUGCACUGGCCAGUGUCCUUCCCCUGCAAGCAGAGGCCUGAAUAGGGGCAGGCAGAGCAGAAGGCAGCAGUCCGAGGCAGAGAGAUACCAAAGAAAGAGAGAGAGAGAAGCUGAAAACCUGCACUGCUUCCUAUUUUGAGACGGGACCCUGCUAGAGGGGACGUAGGCCUUAGAUGUUUUGAUUGAGGGCUAGGGCUUGCUGAGAUCACACCCAAAGCAGACUGUUGCAUUCCAGCAUCCCUGAGUGGUACACAAGGGGGGCAAAGCAUGUUGGAAGCAGAAAUGUACACUUACACCAGUACAUAUAAAGUGGGGCUCUGUAGGCGUCGGCAGCUGUUUCUCUGCUCCUUACCAAAGCACUUACAGUCAAGACCCUUGUUUGCACAGUUCCUGCAUCAGGUCCCAGAGCUCCAGCUCUUUAUCAUCACCAGCUACCCAUGUUGCGUUUUAAAGGAUAAUCCUCAAGCACCAGGUUUGUAGGACUGAGGUUCUCACCGCUGAGGUUUCUUGGGUUUUGUGGCAGAAUGUUAUUGCCUUGUCACUGGCUCCUUUCACCGCCUUCUCCCCUUAACACCAAUGCUGCCCCCUUCUGCCAUGUGAUUCCCUUCACAUACCAAACCCAAGGCCAAAGCAACUGGAAAAGCAGGGUAAGUCCUAAGCUGCAGGAUUAAUCAAGCUCCCCCCUGGUUCCUUCUUCCCUUGAUGCUCUUGACACCUAGCUGGUUUUCUCUGCUACAAGGCAUGCCUAGUUCUCAAAGAUCCAGCAAUCUCAAAUUUUCAAUGGGAGUCCAGGCAGCCUCAGUUUUUCCUCCAUUAUAUGCUGUAUGGUGUUGGGCAAAUCUACACACUCUCUCUGUGCCCCUCACUUGUAGAGGGGCAUGAAAUGUUGCCACGGGCGCUUUGCCACAUGAGAUCUUCCUGCAGAACUUGGUGAAGAUUAAGGAAAAGGCAGGUUUGCUGAGGGAGAUAGUAAUUAAUACGUAUUGCCUUACUUGGAACCUGCCUCCCCCGCACACCAAAGUAGGAUUGGCAUGGGGAUGGGUGUCUUUCUGGAUAUUCACUCUUUGGGACUUAACAGCAGAGGUGCUGGCUGCAGCAUGGUGCCUUAAUUUUCUGUUGGGCUGUACCGAGUUACUGCUGACACUUGCCAUUCCCAUGCAGGUAAGAGUUGGGUGAACAAGAUUCAGCCAUAAAGGACAGCCAUCUCCUCCCGGCCCCAGAACGCUCCAAGGGAACAACACUACUUUAUGAUGCUUUUAGCAAAACUUGCCCUUGCUUGGAAAGAUCGUUUUUCACAUUAUGCUACAAUAUAAUUCCUCAUCCUCAGGUUUACAUGAUAUUUGAUAACAUCAUCUGGAAUUGCCAGCAAAUUCCCUAGAAACUAUACUCACAAUCACUGACAUUGUAGAUCAACAUGUACUUAAGUAAUGAGGAAUACCUGCCCCUUCAUCUCCCUGUUACCAGCAUGCGGCUUGAGCAAUAGAUUGGAUAACGGCAUGAUGCUUUAAUAUGACAUGUGUCCUUGCUAGUAUCAGUAAAAUAUCAUCCACUGAAGUAUAAUGAGGAAGAAAAUGGGUUUCACUUUAAGUUUUGUAUCCCAAAAUUCCCCCAUGCCAGAGUAGGCCUAUAAACCAGGAUACUUUUAAAAAGCCUAAAGCAAAAAACCCGCAAGAUGCUUGUUUUACAACUCAAUCCUAAGCAUGUUUGGCAAUAACUCCCACUGUUUUCAGUGAGGCUUACUCUUUGGUAAGUGUGCACAAGAUUGCUGCCUUGGACAAAGAGUUGAAUGGCUACCUUUAUGAAUGGCAAUAUGAGAAGUUAAUGAAUGACUACAAGGGAGAGGGAUACAUAAUGUAAAUAUCGUGAUACGACCCUCCUCUUGGCAAGUGGGAACUAUAUCUACAUCUGCAUUGGUAAACCUAUGUUUAUAGAGCUGCCUUUAUGUUCAUCCCCAUAACAUCACCUCUUUAUGGAGGUAUGUUUCCCCUCCUCUCAAAUAAGUUUAGUGAAGAAGAAGAAAAAAACAGCAAGUGGUUGUUUGCAUCCCAAAGGGGUGUUGCCUCUGGGAUUCAAGGUGCCACAUCCCAUCCCAAGUAAAUGUAUUUGACAAUUUUAAGCACUGCUUCUUUGUGGAGCGAAAAGCCUUAAUAGUGGCACAGACUGCAUAGUCAGCAAUGCCUGCAUUGCACAGGAGGAGGAGCCUGCCACUCCUGCAAUGUUGUUUUUGCUCUCAUUUGAGAAGGAGGUACACCCCCCUCAGUCAUACUGGGAAAAGUGCAGGGAGCGUGUAGCUCCCUGCAUUGCACAAGCUGCUUCCUCUGGUGGGGAAAGGGAAGUGUUGCUUGCAAGAUGGACCAUCCCUGCACUCCUCCCUCUCUUAGGUUAGCAAGUAAGGUAUAUGGAACCUGGCAGUACAGCAUAUAUAGUAUGUCACAUUGAAUAAUGCUUAACUUGAAAGUGCGCAAUCAACCAGUAAGUUCUCCUCUGCAAGUGCCAUUAAACUUCCUGGUGGUUUGUGCUGAUUGUGUCUACAUCUCCCUAUCGCCUCGUAAGCACACCUUUUCACAGGUAGAAACCCUAAAUGUGCAUAGCUUCCACCAUAAGAUGCAUAUCUCAGCAUAUAUAUAUAUUUUAUUCCACAUUGAGAAGAUGAAGUACUGCAGGCCAACAAAAAAUGUAAAGGUGUGUAAGGCAUGAAUAUGGAGAUAAUGAACAUGAUCGUUGAAUCCUGAGAGUUGUUCUAUAUUCCCCUGCGGAUUAUGUCUAAGGGCUUAUUUGUUGGGGUUUUGAGGAUUUGACACCUGGCCCUCUGUAGUCUUAAAUUAUCUAAUCUGCUUGCUGGCGAAAUGAAAAUAAUAACAAGCUUGUUCCGAUUUAGAAACGUUAGAAAACUUCAAAUUUGCUUACAACGUUCCAUGUCAAAAGGCCAGAAAUAUACAAACAUGAUUUUAAAACAAAAAUAGGAUGAAGGUAUAAAAUAUAUUCAGAUUUCAAAAGCUCAAAA